AUUUUCGGUGGUGGAGAAAACAUUAGUAAACAAAACUAUUGGAGGAGUCGGAGGAAUUAUUAUUGUAGUUUACUCCACAUUCUGUGGUAAAUUCUAGGUAGGAAUUGAUCUUGAAUGAUUUACUUUAGUGUACUUUAAGAAUAGUAAAUAUAUCAAAUUAUUUAAGUGUUCUAGUUCUCCAUAAUGACUUUUUGAUGAUUUUAUAUCGGUCAUUACCCGUUUGAUAUAUACAUGAGUGUUGCAAAAUUAAGAAUUGUAGUGGGUUCUGACCAAGCAGGUUAUGAAUACAAGGAACUAAUCAAAAAGGAUCUUGAAUCUAAUUCUGAUAUUGAGAUAGUUUUUGAUGUUGGGGUUGAUUCUAACGCUAAUAAAACUGCUUAUCCUUUAAUAGGUAUUAAUGCUGCUGAGAAAGUAGCUAACGGUGAGGCUGAUCGUGCCAUUUUAAUAUGUGGUACUGGUUUAGGUGUUGCUAUUUCUGCUAACAAAGUUAAGGGUAUAAGAGCAGUUACAGCUCAUGAUUCAUUCAGUGUUGAAAGAAGUAUCCUAAGUAACAAUUGUCAAGUUUUAUGUAUGGGGCAAAGAGUAAUUGGAUUGGAACUUGCUAGAAGACUAGUUAAAGAGUGGCUAACCUAUGUGUUUGAUCAAACUAGUGCUUCUGCUGAAAAAGUUAACGAAAUUGAAAAAUAUGAAGGAUGUGUAUGAUAAAGAGGUGCAAUAUUUAAAGAUUUUAUAAUAAUUUAAAAGUUUAAAU